CCUAAUUUUCCCUUUGGGAAUUGGGGGUGCAACGGAAUACAAGCCCUAGAAACAACAACACUGAAGGAAUUUAAAGAAUCUCCUGUGAAAUCUAUCGCUGUAGGGGAAGAAUUUAAAGUUGUCAUCUCAAUCUAAAGCCAGACAAGUACUCAAAAAUUGAUAAGUGAAUAGUCUGAAACCUAUAAGAAUCUACUUUGCCGUCCAGCUUUAAGGAUCAGUCAUUAACUUACUUCCCCUAAGCUUCAUCUCACUACUCCCUCAAUCUAAAGCCAUUCAAGUACUCAGAGAAUUGGUAUCUCAAUACCUACUCAAGAUUCAAAUCAGCUGAAGCUACAUCAGAUAUGAAGCCGAAACCACGCUCUACAUUUGUCCAUCGCCAAAGGGCAAAAGAAAUUGCGACUGAUGCAGUGAAUGAAAGACUCAACGCCAUUGCUCUCAAGAAGAAUAGGUCGUCAACAACUAAACAAAGCCCCGCAUUCAUCAAUGGCACAAUGGGAAAAGAAACUAUGACUGAUGGAGUGGAUGAUAGACUAGACGCUGUAACACGUAAGAGGCAGAGGACGUCAACAACAAUACCAUGCUCUGCAUCAUUCAUCAGUACUGAUGCAGUGGAUGAAAGACUUGCACCUGUUACUCUCAAGAGGCAUAGGUCAACAACAGCACCAUGCUCAUUAGUGAAUGGCCAAUGGGAAAACGAAAUUGUGACUGAUGCAGUGGAUGUAAGAACCAGCGCUGUUGCACUCGAGAAACAGAGGUCAUCAACAACAAAUCAACGUCGUGCAUUUGUCAAUGGAGGAAGGGAAAAUGAAAUUGUAACUGAUGCGGAGGAUGAAAGAAUCAAUGCUGUUUCUGACACUCUCGUUGCUUGGAGCGAUAUACGAGAUGAAGAUGCUGACAUGUUUGAUGCGGAUGAAAAUGGUGACAUGCAACUGGAGGAUGACCAUGCAACUGACACUUUUAACGAGUCUAACAGCGAAGACUACGCCGGUACUAACCCAGGAAUUACUUGUGGACCACUAGGUGAUAUGCUUGAUGCGGAUGAAAAUGGUGACAUGCAACUGGAGGAUGACCAUGCAACUGAUACUCAUAACGAGUCUAACAGCGAAGACUACACCGUUAAUAACCCAGGAAUUACUUGUAGACCACUGGCACUAGGUAGCCGCCAACAGAUUAUAUUCGACAAAUAUGGGCGUUAUUGUGAUGUCGGGUCAGAACAAUUUGCAAAUGCUAUCGGGAAGAUAGUACGAGCACGAUGUCCUCCUGCAAUUGAUAAUUGGAAAAUUGUUCCAGAGAUAAUGAAAGAAGAUAUAUGGAAAAAUCUUGUCGCUGAAUAUGUCAUACCUCAAGUUUAUAAACCUAAUAUUUUAUCAAGGGCUAGAAUUUCUUGGAAAAAUUGGAAGAGUCAACUUCGAGUAGAGAUGGAUAAACAUGAAACUGUUGCUGAGAAGAAAAUAAAUAUGCCAAUACGUUUAAUUACAAAUAGAGAGGAUUGGGAACGUUUUGUUGAUUUCUGCAACACUGAAGAGGAUAGGAAACGUCGUGCAAUUGGUAAAAAAUCUAGAGAAGCUCUGCAAUUCCUUCAUUCGACUGGGAGGACAGGACUUUUUCGGAAAAUAUACAACAUGGAAAAAGAGAGUCCAACUGGUGAAGUUGACAGAGCUGUGGUAUUUGUUGAAACCCAUGUAACCAAGACUCUAAAUAAUCCCGAAUCCUCCUCCAUCUCAGAUGUUAAACUUAGAAAAAUUAAAGAGCUUGUAGAUGCUAAUCCAAAUGGUCAAAAAGAUAUCGACAAUGAUGCUGUCGCAUUGAUAUGUGGACGUGAUGCACAUGGUCAUGUAAGAGGCAUGGGAGGAGGUCUGUCAAGGACUACUUUGCGUGCUUCAGCGCCAAUUACAGAGACUCUUCGCAAAGUAUUGCAAGAAAACAAGAGUAUGCAGUCUGAAAUCCAUUUACUCAAAACACAGCAUGGGACACGUAUGCAAGAUGGUGUAUCUACAUCAUCAAAUCAAUCUGCACCUCAGGGACCUGAUGAGUCCAACGUGCCUGCUAGUUCGUGUUUCAUGAAAAACUUCAAAGGAAGAACCAUUGCUUUAGGCCGUUUCAACACUGAUCCAGAAAUGGAACAUGUCUAUAGUAUAAUUGUCGAAGAAAUAUAUGAUAGAGAUGCUGAACUAUUUGAUGAAGACGGGAAGCUUGGAGAUAUUGUGAUUGGUCGGGUGAUUAAUUGGCCAAAAGCAUGUACUAAGCCUGCUAGUUUAUGUUUCCUUAAAAAUUUCAAAGGAAGAACCAUUGCUUUAGGUAGUUACAACUCUGUUGAUCCACCAAUGGAACAUGUCUAUAGUGUGAAGGUCGAAGAAAUAUUUGACGAAGAAUCAGAAUUAUAUGACGAAGAUGGGAAGCUUGGAGAUAUUAUGAUUGGUGACGUGAUUAAUUGGCCAAAAGCAUGUGUUCAGUCAUAUUGACAGUAAACCAUGCUGCAGAGCAAAGGAAAAUAGAUCCAGAACUUAAAAAAAAAGGAGAUCUGUAAUGUAUUGUUAUAUAAAUGUGGUUGUGCACGAGUCAGUGCAGUCACUGCAGUGAGUGCACAAACUUUACUUAACAUAAACAAGUAAAGAAGACACUUUUUUGUUGUAGAUUAAUGGAGCAUCUCUAACUGCUUGUAUUGCUGCAAGACCAACAGGACGGUGUAUGUCCUUAUUGAUGAUGUGAAAAAAUCUUGCUGCAAUUUUAAGCUAUAAGCUUUUUGAUGGUA